AUGUUUAAGCGCACAGUGCUCUCCUGCCCAUCCCCAGCAGCAUCCCCACUGCAGGCCCGAGGAGCUUUCCGGAGCUUCCCACACUCCUGGGGAGAAGACUUCUUAGCCAGCUUGAUGUUUAAAAUUCAGCUGGAGCCCUUAAAACUUCGAGCGUGGACGCUGAAUGGGUUUGUAAAGUUCCGAAACAAGGAGGCCAGUGCCGGUCCAGUGGCUGUGAUGGGAAAGGAUUAUUACAAGAUUCUUGGGAUCCCAUCGGGAGCCAAUGAGGAUGAGAUCAAGAAAGCAUAUCGGAAGAUGGCCUUGAAGUACCACCCAGACAAGAACAAAGAACCCAAUGCUGAGGAGAAGUUUAAGGAAAUUGCAGAGGCCUAUGAUGUGCUGAGUGACCCUAAGAAACGAGGCCUCUAUGACCAGUAUGGGGAGGAAGGCCUGAAGACCGGCGGUGGUUCGUCAGGUGGCUCCAGUGGCUCCUUUCACUACACCUUUCAUGGGGACCCCCAUGCCACCUUUGCCUCCUUCUUUGGUGGCUCCAACCCCUUCGAUAUCUUCUUUGCCAGCAGUCGCUCCACUCGACCCUUCAGUGGUUUUGAUCCAGAUGACAUGGAUGUGGAUGAUGAUGAGGACCCAUUUGGCGCCUUCGGCCGCUUUGGCUUCAAUGGGCUGAGUAGGGGUCCGAGGCGAGCCCCCGAACCACUGUACCCUCGACGCAAGGUGCAGGACCCACCUGUGGUGCAUGAGCUGAGGGUGUCCCUGGAGGAGAUCUACCACGGCUCCACCAAGCGUAUGAAGAUCACAAGGCGGCGCCUCAACCCUGAUGGGAGAACUGUGCGCACCGAGGACAAGAUCCUGCACAUCGUUAUCAAGCGUGGCUGGAAGGAAGGCACCAAGAUCACCUUCCCCAAAGAGGGUGAUGCCACACCUGACAACAUCCCUGCUGACAUAGUCUUUGUGCUCAAAGACAAGCCCCAUGCACACUUCCGCCGAGAUGGUACCAACGUGCUCUACAGUGCCCUGAUCAGCCUCAAGGAGGCACUGUGUGGCUGCACCGUGAACAUUCCCACCAUUGAUGGCCGAGUGAUCCCUUUGCCCUGCAAUGACGUCAUCAAGCCAGGCACCGUGAAGAGACUCCGUGGGGAGGGCCUUCCCUUCCCCAAGGUGCCCACCCAACGGGGAGACCUCAUUGUUGAAUUCAAAGUUCGCUUCCCAGACAGAUUAACACCACAGACACGACAGAUCCUUAAGCAGCACCUGCCCUGUUCCUAGGCUCUGCCCCAGCCAGCCCAGAGUCUACCACAGCAAUACCCCCACACUCACCCCACCCAAUGUGCACCCAACUUGAUGUCCACUGGACACUGGCAACUUAUUUUAAAUGCAAAAAAAGCCACUGGUUUUCAGGAAAAUGUUCCUGUCCCUGACCCCUUUCAGAGCUGGGCUGCCUUGGG